AUGUUCACCGGUUUAAUCGAGCACAUGUCAACGAUCUCAGCGAUCAAUGACCCAUCUUCUUCCAACUCCACCGAGGGGUUCACAUUCACAAUCAGUGACUCUGCACCGAUCUUGGGAGAUUGUCAUAUAGGCGAUUCGAUAUGUGUCAACGGAGCAUGCCUGACAGUCACCGAAUUUGAUCAAUCGUCAUUCAAAGUCAACUUGGCUCCUGAAACGCUCAAUCGGACGAAUCUUGGUGAAUUGAAGAUAGGUGACAAGGUGAAUUGUGAAAGGGCUAUGAGUGCACAUACUAGACUGGGUGGUCACAUGCUACAAGGACAUGUAGAUUCCACGGCUACGAUCAUAUCUAAAAUCCAAGAUGGUGAUUCGAUCCGAUAUCAAUUCGCCUUACCACCCAAUUCAACAUUGUUACCGUACAUCAUCGAAAAAGGUUAUAUAGCGAUUGACGGUGCUUCUUUGACGAUAACCAACGUAGAUGAAAAAGAGGGAAGUUUCGGUAUUAUGUUGAUCUCGCAUUCACAGGAGAAAUUGACGUUAACGGGUAAAAAGGAAGGAGAUAAAGUGAAUAUAGAAGUGGAUGUAGUAGGUAAAUACAUAUUGGGAAGUACGAGUAAGAUUGAAGGAUUGGUGGAGAGGUUGGUGGAGAAGAAAUUGAAAGAAAAAGGUCUGAUAUGA